GUCCAGCAGGUGGGGGUGUCGUGGGUGCCGCUGCUCCCGGAAGUGAGCCGGUGUUAGUUGCUCCGGGGACGGUGAUGGACCGGUUCGUGUGGGCGAGCGGACUGUUGGAAAUUAACGAGACCCUGGUGAUACAGCAGCGCGGAGUUCGCUUGUAUGACGGUGACGACAAGACAAAAUUUGACUUGGGGACUGUUCUUCUUAGUACACACAGACUACUAUGGAGAGACCAUAAAAAGCAUGAUUGCUGCAUCGCUUUGCCUUUGUCACAGAUAAUUUUCUUUGAGGAACAGGCUGCUGGAAUAGGAAAAAGUGCCAAAAUAGUAGUUCACCUUCAACCAGUUACUCCCAACAAAGAGCCUGGUCCAUAUCAGAGUAGCAAGUACUCUUACAUCAAGCUGUCUUUCAAGGAACAUGGACAGAUUGAGUUUUAUAGACGAUUAUCAGAAGAAUUGUCUCAAAAGCGAUGGGAGCGAAUUUCAGUAUCUCAACCAAUGCAGUCACCCAGUAGAUCACAAGCAGGAAAAGUGAAGGCUGUUGGAAUUGUGGGUAUUGAAAGGAAGUUGGAGGAAAAACGAAAGGAGACCGACAAAAACAUCUCUGAAGCUUUUGAAGAUCUCAAUCAGCUUAUGAAAAAGGCCAAAGAGAUGGUUGAUUUGUCAAAAUUAAUAGCAAACAAAAUCAAAGAUAAGCAAGGAGAUAUUUCUGAGGAUGAGACUAUCCGUUUCAAGUCCUAUUUGCUGAGCAUGGGCAUAGCUAAUCCAGUGACCAGAGAAACGCAUGGAUCUGGAACACAUUACCACAUGCAACUGGCUAAACAGCUGGUGGAAAUGUUGCAAGUACCUGUUGAGGAACAAGGUGGAAUGAUGGCACUGACGGAGGUUUAUUGCUUGACAAACCGAGCUCGAGGGAUGGAGCUUCUCUCACCGGAAGAUUUAGUGAAUGCUUGCAAAAUGUUUGAGGCCCUGAGUCUACCAAUGAGAUUACGUAUCUUUGAUAGUGGAGUGAUGGUAGUUCAGCUACAGUCACACAGUGAGGAUGAAAUGAUUGCUUCAGCCGUGGAGACAGUAUCAGAAAAAGGUUUUGUUAGUUCUGAAGAGUAUGCUAAGCUCAUGGGAAUUUCCGUACUUCUGGCCAAAGAAAGGCUACUACUAGCAGAGAAAGUUGGCCACUUGUGUCGUGAUGACUCUGUUGAAAGCUUGCGAUUUUACCCAAAUUUGUUUCUGACGCAAGACUGAAAAUUCACCUGUGAAAAUCUGUUUGGUACUUUCUUUGGAGCACAAUGACUAAGUUGUGUGUGAUGUAUCACAGAAUUACUGGAUGACCAUUAACUGCAGGAUGUUGUGCAUUAAAAUUCAGGCUUCACAACAAGUGUAUGGUAGAAAAAUUCCACCCAUGAUAAUGAAAAGGAGAUCAGAGCACCACUACAUGUGUGUUCAGGGUUUAAGCAAAAGCCCUGGACUGAACUAUUUGAGUUGAAUAGAAUUGAAUUAUUUUGUCACAUUGAACAACUGGUUUACUUCUGGAUUUAAACCUGAUUAAAGCACACUAAAGGAACUGAAUUAAAAUCUGUAGUCUAAAAUCUCCUCAACUUUGAAUUCUUAGCUUGAGAUAUAAUCAUUUUUGUCAAUGAUGUUGUUAUGAUAAUGGAACCUUUUUUCAGGUUCCAACAGUAACAUGUGUAAAGGGUUGCUUCAAUUUUAUUAUAUCAAAAAUCCACUGUGACAAUAUUUUUAGAUAUUUUUCAGUUCUCAAUCAUCACUAAAGUACUAUUUUGCCUUCACUGUUUUCACAUUUCUUUCAGAUUUAUAUUUUGAGUUGUUUAAUUCUGACUAGUUUUAGUUUUCUCCAUCUGUUUAUUGUUUUUUGCUCUUCAUCUAGUGAUGCAUUUCCCUUUUAGUAGUGUUUUAUUUUGCUGCUGCUUUCAAUGUUGUAUUUUUUAGAACAUGUAAUAAAGUGAAGGUCAAGAAACAGUCAGAAAAAAAAACCCAUUGAGUUGGCAGAAUCAAUUGGAAGACUAUGGGAGAAAUGUUUCAGAUAUUCAUAAUCAAAGAAAUGAAAGGACACAAGACAAAAAGGAAAUGCUAUGCAGUAGUUAAGUCAAGCUAAAGCACUGGGGCCUGGGAGGGAAUGGCGGAAGAAAGGGGAACAGAUACAGAAAUAAAAUGUGGUCUGGAUUCUGUCAAAGAGAGGUUUAGGUACAGCAAAGGAUCUGUUGAAUCUCCAAAAUCCUUUGUCAAUGUCAAUGAAAAACAAUGUAUAAUUUGGUUGUAGCUCUAGAACAUGUGAAUUAAGCAUUCAAUUUGGCAGGCUAUGGAUGUAAAAGAUGGAAUGACCACAAGAACAAAAUAUUUUUGGUCAGUUUCAGAUUGGUUAGUUAUGAUAUCUCAAUGACUCACUAUCUAAUUUGUAAUUGUUUGGUGCCUCAUUUGAAAUUACUGGUUGCCUGAUUAGGACGUUGUGGAUUUGAUAUUGUUCCUGUACUAUUUAACUAAUGAUUAGAAACAAGAUUCAAAAUACCAUAUGGAGAUGGGCCAGCAAGUUAUUUGAGCCAAAGGCUAGACAUGUGGGUGUGGCCAACUAAGGUGGGCUUCAAGAGAAUCGGUAGAUAAAUUUUAUAAAAUUGAUAGCCCAAUUAGAGCAGGAUUACUACAUCAUGCAUGAUAGACUAAGACAGACAUAUUUAACUUGCAACCUUAUGCUCACUUGUAAUCCCACCCCCACCACUGAGAAUUUGCAAUCAGUCCUCAAAACUCAGGAAAUUCUGAUUUUUUUUUUAGUUGGAUUUUUUUUCACUGUUUCAAUUUUGUAGGCCUAAAUAUUUGGAAGAUGUUUUAUUUGUGAACUUGAGAUAUAUCCUAAUUAAUGGGACAUGGGUUUAAACCUUACAAGUAGCUGAUGAGUUUCCCUUAGUUAAAUUUGAUUAACUCUACUUACUGAAGUAGGGUUAUUUUAUGAAAGUGUGCUAUUAGCAGAGGGUCUUGCCUGCUUGCAUGGCAGAAAGGAAAUUAGGGGUUAUUCUGUCCAUGAUUUUCCCAACCAAGUGAACAGUGACAGUGGGAAAUUUGCAUGUGCUUCUCUCUGGCUUUGCCACCAUAUGCGGUAUGAACUCAAAUUUGAACCUAUUAUAUAAACGAUAUCCUCUUACACUCCCAGAUUAUUGUGAUGCAUUAUAUUUAUUGCAGAAAAACUGAUAUUAUGUGCAGCAAUUUGGAUGUAUCUGUUUUAGUGAUAAACAUUUAUUAUGUUCUAGUGUGGGGGAAGGGAUGACUAAAAUUGACAGAAUAGUGAAUGGGAGAGAGGGGAGGGAUACCUUAGAAACAUAAAAUAAAAAUGAACAUUUACCUCC